UGAGAUUCGUUGUCAUAAACAACAAACAUCCAAAUUGUUCGUGAUUUCAUUUUUCGAAAAAUAGUUUAAAAAUUUUUUUGUUUGAUUAUGUUGAGUCAGUUGUUUCGCGGUCGUUCUCUUAUGGUACGCUCUGCGCUGCUCAGCCGGCGAUGUGUCUCCUCCGAAUCGACCAGUACGAAAGAUGACGUCAUUGUGGACUUCGAAGAUCCCGAUUUGCCGUUGCCCGAGUAUCCUAAGCGACCCGAUGAGCCGCUAGAGACGCGCAAGCAACGUUUGAUGUAUCAAUCACGCAAACGUGGAAUGCUUGAGAACGAUCUUCUCCUGAGCACAUUUGCGCACAAAUAUCUAAAGGACUUCAAUGCCGAGCAGACGGCGCUCUACGACGAUCUCAUCAAUGGGGUCAGCAACGAUUGGGACAUCUAUUAUUGGGCAACGGGCGUCAAGCAGACGCCCAAGGAAUACGACACGGAGAUCAUGAAGCUACUGAAGCUACACGUUGAUAAUGCAGAGAGGGUCACGCGCUUCCGGCAGCCAGAGCUGACCUACUAUCUGAAAUGUUAGGGGUUUCUUA